AUGCGCUCGGGCUCUCAGAACUACAUCAACAUCGACGAAUACCGGGCAGAGCGGCGCGCGAGCACGCCGUGGUACUGGCGUCUGGUGGCCCUCGCUGCCUCGUGGAUGAUACUGGGAGGAUACCUUCUACUCCCCGGCCUGUACGCAAAAGACGCGCAGCUCCGGUUCAGAGAAUCAGUGCUCUCCGUGUUUAUCGUCGCGCUCCUCACAGCCGGGUACUCCUUCACAGCGCUGCUCUGCUUCGCGUGUCGCAAUGAAGUCUUCCAAGCCGAGGGCGUCUUCCUCCCCGCCCUGACAUCGUCCGCCCUAGGCCUCCUCUCCAUCGCCUACAACUUCUCCUGCUCGCGCAGCUACACAUGGGCCAUGCCCGCCAUCACGGGCGUCGUCGUCAGCACCACGGCCACCCUGCUCUACAGCGGCCUCCUCAUCUGGCAGCACCGCCGCAUCAUCCACAUCAAAGCACACUCGCGCUCGCCCGAAAACCUCUGGAGCGACCAGACCUUCUACACAAACUACGUCCAGAACAUGUACCCGACUGCCGUGACCAACCACACACAUACGCGAUCACCCCCGCCGCCCCCACCACAACACCCCACGGAGGACGACCGCGUCAAUCAGCAAAUGGCCCUCCUGCAGAUGACAGACUCGAGGCCUAGUCCUGACGCGAAUAGCUCGACUUUCAGGAUCGAUAUGCCCGAAGAUAGGAAUGGGGAUAGGCCGGAGAAUCUGAGCGAGAGACAGGCUUGGGAUCACUGGCAAGAGCGCGGGCGCACUGCGCAGCGGCCGGUUAGUGCAGGGGCGGCGAGCAAUCACUCGAGGGGGUUGAGUCGGGAGGAGAGGAGGAGGGAGAUUGAGCUGGGUCAUGCGUGA